AUGCAGCCCCAGCGACGCCGGCGUGAGUCCCUCACGCCCCAGCAGCUGCGUGAGUGGUACGCUGGUUGGGGCUGUAGGGGUGGCGACGCUACUCCUACUACCACUCCUGCUGCUUCUACUCGUGGUGGCGGCCAGAUGCAGCUCCCGCGACCCUCUCGCGUGUCUCUCACGCCUCGCCAGCUUCGUGAGUGGUACGCUCAGAGUGGAGGGUCUCUCAGUGCUGUUCGCUGCUCUUACGUGAUUCGCACUGGUACUCGGACUGGUACAGGUGCGGCUGCUGCUCUAGGUGCUAGUGAGUCUGCUUCCUCAGGUGCGGGUGAGGCUGCGCUUUCAGGUACCGCGUUGGCUUCGGCCUCCCUCACCUUUACACUUGACUCUGGGGCUUCUCGCUCCUUCUUUCGGGACCGCACCACACUCACGCCGCUUGGUCGGCCGGUUGCAGUCUCCCUGGCUGACCCCUCUGGGGGUCCUGUCCUCGCUCACUUCUCCACUGUCCUCCCGUGUCCGGCUGCCCCCUCGGGCACCCUGUCUGGCCUGUACCUCCCCUCGUUCUCGACGAACUUGGUGAGUGGUGCAGACCUACAGGAUGCGGGGGUUCACCAGUUCACUCCUGCGAGUCAGCGGGUGACCCACUGCACGGACGCACGCACAGGCCGGCACCUGGCCACGUUCUCGCGUCGGCCGGGGUCGAGCCUCUACACCCUGACCACUGAGUCUCCUCCUGUCCCCGCGUCCGGUCAGGUAGCAGUGUCGGGUCAGGUGUUUGCUGCUGCGUCCAGGUCUGGUCCUGAGUCUGCCCCCUGUUCGUGUCGCCUCCUGUCUCACGAGACUCUUCUGUGGCACCACCGUCUAGGCCACCCCUCCUUGCCCCGUCUUCGGGGCAUGGCUUCCCGUGUCCUUGUCUCUGGUCUUCCCCAGUCUCUCCCUCCCCUUCCUUCGGGACCAGGACCUUCCAGUGUCCCCUGUGUCGAGGGGCGCCUCAGGGCUGCUCCUCACUCCUCCCAGUUUCCCCUGACAGAGGCUCCUCUGCAGACGCUUCACAUGGACGUGUGGGGCCCGGCCCCCGUCCGUGGGCAGGGUCACGAGCGCUACUUCCUGCUGGUGGUUGACGACUACUCGCGUUACACCUCAGUCUUCCCCUUGCGCAGCAAGGGUGCUGUCACUGAGGUGCUGAUCGACUGGAUCCGCGAGGCUCGUCUCCAGCUCAGGAGGAGCUUCGGCUCGGACUUUCCUGUUCUGCGUUUGCACUCUGACCGAGGUGGGGAGUUCUCCUCUCGCCUUCUGCGAGACUACUGUCGUGCACAGGGGAUCCGCCAGACCUUUACGCUUCCGGACUCUCCAAAGCAAAAUGGGAUUGCUGAGCGCCGCAUUGGCAUGGUCAUGGAUGUCGCUCGUACGUCCAUGAUGCAUGCGGCUGCCCCCCAUUUUCUGUGGCCGUUUGCGGUUCGGUACGCGGCGCAUCAGCUCAACCUUCACCCCAGGGUCUCUCGGCCCGCGAUGUCCCCAGUGUUACUGUGGACGGGGAAGGUCGGCGAUGCGUCUGCGUUCCGUGUCUGGGGAUCUCGGGCGUUUGUCCGCGACUUGUCUGCGGACAAGCUGUCCCCCCGUGCUGCUCCCUGUGUCUUCCUUGGCUUCCCCCGUGACGCUCCAGGGUGGCAGUUCUACCACCCCUCCUCUCGUCGUGUUCUGUCCUCCCAGGACGUCACGUUCGACGAGUCAGUCCCCUUCUACCGCCUCUUCCCCUACCGUACUCCUUCCCUCCCCCCCCCACCGGACUUCCUGGUACCAGUUCCCCCCCCGGUAGACCCCCUCCCCCCUCAGGUUCCUGCCCCUUCAGGUGUGUCCCAGGUAGACACGGUCGAGCCAGUCGAGGUUGCUGCUGAGUCUGGUCCUGCUGCGGGUGCUGAGCCUGGGGGUGCUGCUGCUGGGGGUGCUGAGCCUGGGGGUGCUGAGCCUGGGGGUGCGAGGCCGGGGGGUGCUGAGUCUGGGGGUGCUGAGCCGGGGGGUGCUGAGCCGGAGGGUGCUACGUCAGGAGCUGCUGAGCCUGGGGGUGCUGGGCCUGGAGGUGCGGAGCCUGCGCCUGCUGGACCUGGGGGCUCUCCGGUUCUUCCAUCUCGGCGGGAGCCGCUCUCUCCACAGGAGCUGCGCGAGUGGUUUGCUCGCCGCUGGAGGCGUGCUGCUGGAGCUGGAGCUUCUUCGCCUGCUGAGGGUGCUGCCGGUCCCGGAGCUGCUGGGCCUGCGGGUCCUACUGGAGCUGGAGCUACUGAGUCUGGGGGUGCUGAGUCUGGAGCUGCUGAGCCUGGAGGUGCUGAGUCUGGAGGUGCUGAGCCUGGGGGUGCUACGUCUGGAGCUGCUGUGCCUGGGGGUGCUGAGUCUGGAGCUGCUGAGCCUGGGGUUUCUCCUGCUGCUGCGUCUCGCCGGGAGCCCCUCUCUCCACAGGAGCUGCGCGAGUGGUUUGCUCGCCGCUGGAGGAGUGCUGCUGGAGCUGGAGCUUCGUCAACCGUCGAGGGUGCUGGUGCUGCCGGUCCCGGAGCUGCUGGACCUGCGGGUCCUACUGGAGCUGGAGCUGCUGAGGGUGUUGGUGCUGAGACUACUGCUGUCUGUCCUGGCGGUGGUUCUGCUGCUGGUGCUGCUGGAGGUCCUGCCGCUGGAGGUGUUGGUGGCGCUGGUGCUGUCGCUGAGGGUGCUGGUGCUGUCCCUGCUGAGUCUGGAGCUGCCGCGCGGCCUCGGCCUCGCUGA